CAAGAUGGCUGAAGCCAGGGUGGAUAUUCGUAAACUUUUGCAGUUUCUUGCUGGUCAGCAAGUGAACCCCACAAAAGCUGUUUGUAAUAUCAUUCAUAAACGUUAAGAGGAAUCCUAACUUUUUAUCACAAAAACUGAUGAAUGGCAAAUAAAAAAAUGAAUCUUGAUGGGAAGCAUGAGAAAGUUAUUUCAUACAACGGAGAAGUCAUUACAUUCCAGCUUUCUACAGUAAAAGCUGCUUCUGGUGGGACGGAGAAGGCUUCUCUCUGUUUCUACAGAAGAACUUUUCAGAUACUAUCUGGACAAUUUGUUGAAAAUUUCACAGGACAAUACAAUUUUUCAAGCAGUUAUUCAGUCAUUGAAUUUGUCUGUGUCAACUGUGUUGGAGACACAAGAACUGGUUUAACACUUCCUUGUGUUUUACUCAGACAUGGUAAAAAGAAAAAGAGCGCGGUGGCAAAAUGUCACUUGUUUAUGCUCCAUAGCUCAAAUGACCUUGAAUGUCGCCUUAAAUGGAAAGUGGACUUUGAAACAGUACAUGAUCUACAGAUGUGUGAUGGACCAACUGUUGUAUGGAGACACCAUAACCAGCUCUUUUAUGUUUCACCCCAAACUUCAGGGAUUUUAAAUGCUUCUAUCAAUAUUUCUUCCAUUCAUUGGGCUGGUGAACUAAAACCCAAAGGAAUAUUAAUAUUGGGAAUAACUGAUGAUAGUUUUCAAGAGAGUGGAGAUGAUGGAGAAAAUGUAAUUAAUCACCCAGAAAAGCAGUUUAUAGCAUAUUCUACUGAAGAACAAAAAACCAUGCCUGGUUCCUGCUUUCUUCCGAGUGCAUACAGCAGUGUUGUACGCUGCCUACAGGUGUGCACAAUGCACAUUAAGAAUGACAAAUACGAAACAUCAGUUGUUGCAGCAAGCAGUAAACAACUUAUCUGGUUCCAUAAUGGUGUCCCUAGGGAGGUUUGCCAACUUCCAUUUGAAAAUCCCUUCAAGUUACAAGUAGCUUUCACAAGCCGAGGGGAUUUGUUGUUUAUUGUUUCUUUUAUUUCUGGAGAUGUGUGUGCAAUAUGGAAGGACAGCUGGCAGAUAGCGGCAACCUGGCAUCAUGUGAGGUCCAUUCUAGUGGAUGAUUUCAUUGGCACUGGGUCAGACCAAUUGUUGUUGCUUUUUAACAAUAUUCCAGACAUGUCAGCUGACCAACAAAGAUUCCAAAUAACAGACUGCGGAGAAAUCAAUUAUCCAGCAGGUUUGCGUUCAGUUCAAGAAAUGCAGCAACAUUUACAAGUCAAGGAGAGGGUCCUAAAAUCAUCAUGUGAGACUUUAUUUGAUAUGCUUCAAGGGAAGGAAACUAUUUUGCACUGUGCAGAGGAGGAAGGUCUAGUUUCUCUCUGGGAUGAUUCGUUACAUAUUUCAUGCCCAUCUGAAUCAGAGGCUACAUCCCUAUCUACAGAUUCUGAAUGUUUUGUUGAAAAAAUUUGGCAUCGUGUUGUUGAUAACUUCUUUGUGAUUGGCGUAAAGUUAUAUCCAUCUAUAUAUUUAUCACUGAGCAACGUAGCCUUAUCACUUCUAAUGGAUGAAGAAAUAACUUCACUCUCCCCAGUUACAAAGUGUCAAACUAAUGUGCUAAAUAUGGCCAUUAGGUCCCUUUUUGACUAUAAUGCUUCCUACCAAACAGAACCUGUGGCUAAAAAGCAAAGACUUGACUCCCAUAACAAGGACAAUCUUUCAAGGGACAGUAAAGAAAGACCUUGCUCUUCAUCCUAUCAAAAUGAUUUGGAGCACACAGUAACUGCUGUCACAGAAUUGUCUCCUCUGUUAGCACUUAAUAACACUAGUUGUGUUCUGCUGCUACAUGCCAGAAGGGAAAAUCAACCUGACUCUAUACUAAAAAGGGAGAAGCUGACUGUUCCGUGUGGGAGAAUUUCUCUACGCCUUGAAGAGGUUUUAAAAGGAAACCAUACAGUAAAUGUAUUUGAACAUUGUCAAGGUGACGUAAAUUUGGAAAAUGUUUUGGCUCUUCUAUCAGCAUAUGAGAAACGCUCUUUUCGUAUCUGGUCUCCAGACUACACAUUGGUAUCGGUAAAAGCUUGGCUCCUGGGGCCAAUGCAGGGAAAACCUAUCAAGCAACUUCCUGAUUUAUUUUUUAGUUGCUUACCAGGGAGUCUUCAUGGUACUCUGUUUAUCUGGAUCCCAGGAACCCCCUGUGAAGGAACACUUACAAUAUUCUACAGGACUGAACCCGGCUUACUACAGUGUCUUUACAGUCUGAAAUGUGUUCUUCCUCCAACCUGUGUGGUAAAUACCAUAAGUGUAGGGGGCAAGUAUUGCUUGACUGAAAGCUUGGCACAGUCUAUGGAAGAGGAGUUGCUUGCCCUUAGGGGAUCUGCAUCAGCUGCAGCAAGUGAUGUUGAAAAAGAAAUGAAGCAAAGAUGUAUUAUGAAGACGAAAACCAGCAAUACAAUAGGUCCUUUAUCUGACACAAAGGAACGUGUACAGAAGUACAGGGAGGAACUUCAAUUUGAGCAGAAGCAAAGCAAAUUGGGAGUUCCGUUGACUACUAGUUGUAACAUGUACAGACACAUUGCCUUUAAUGUAGCCGAGAUUAAAAUGAAAACCGACACAAUUGCAUUUAAACUGGCUCAGUCAUAAUAUUUUAAUGAUCAUUACAAAAUUAUGAUUGGGAAUAAUAUUUUGUAUUAAAAAGAAAAAAGAAAUCUUA